AUAUAAUUAAACAUCUUUGCUAUGAGAGAGAAAGAAGCGUGGUUCAAAAAAGGCGCAAACAUCUAUGAAACGUAGUUAACGAUACUCAUCACUGCGACAAGCUCUAUCCUUGUCCCUAAUUCUUUACUUGUAAAGCCCCAUCCUUGCCUUAUUUGAAACUACCACGAUUAGCCGUAGCGCUCAUGUAGACACUCCUUCAAACCAGCUGUUGUUGAUUAUAAAUCAACGUUUGACGUCUCAAUGUUUAUUUAUUUCCCCAAUAUAAUUGAACACGUCGAUGCGAGUUUGAAUGCAGAAUUUUCCGUAUCGUUAAUAAUGGAAAACCGACAAUAAUCAAGUACACUAUUGUUCAGCAGAAAAUUGUCGGUUUUCAGUGGCCGUACGUGUUGUUGGAUCAAAUUGCCAUGGUGUUAUCCAGCAUCCAGAUCUCAGCAAUAUGUUUGGAAAUAGAAGUAACGUGAAAUACACGGCUAUUCAAAAAACCGAAGACACCGCCAAUAUCCCGGAAACUGUUGAUUUCGAACCGAUGAAGCGCAAGUUUUGCACGCCGUCCUGCCUUGGAUCCGCUCUGUUUACCGGGGCCCUUAUUGGCACCUACUAUAUUCCAUCGGUUGGGCUCACCUUCUACCAACGAUGGCUAUCACAGAGGUUCCCAUAUCCACUAUUGACUGUGUUAGUUCACAUGAUAGUGAAGUUCCUGCUUGCAGCCUUAGUUAGACUGUUUUUAAAUAAGAAGCAUAUCAAGGUGCAAACGACGGUUAGCUGGAAAGAUUAUGUGCUAGCUGUAGCUCCAACUGGGGUAUUCAGCGGCAUUGAUAUCGGCUUUUCCAAUUGGGGGUUGGAGCUGAUUACAGUGUCUUUGUAUACCAUGACCAAAUCCACAACAAUCGUAUUCAUCCUGUUCUUCUCAAUAUUGUUCAAAUUGGAAAAGAAGUCGUGGAGCCUGGUAAUCAUUGUUCUGAUGAUAACAGCAGGUUUGAUACUCUUCACGUACAAGUCGACCCAAUUCAAUUUCUUCGGAUUUAUCCUGCUGUUAAUUGCGUCGAUUUCAAGCGGCUUGAGAUGGACUUGCAUGCAACUGUUGCUGCAGAAAUCCAAACUGGGAAUGAAAAAUCCCGUUGAUAUGAUCUACUACAUGCAGCCCUGGAUGAUAGCGGCCGUAUUGCCAAUUGCGCUUUGCAUGGAAGGAUUCAACGUGAUCCGAAGCUGCCAAGUGUUUGGAUUUAUGGAGCUGCAUCCUUUCCUGAUGUUGUCUUUGAAAGUAUUAGUUGGCGCGUUUAUAGCAUUUUUCAUGGAGUUUAUCGAGGUGACUCUGGUUAGUUACACCUCCAGUUUAACGCUGGCGAUUGCAGGAAUUUUCAAGGAAGUUUUCAUGCUGGUUCUAGCCGUUGAAAUGAAUGGAGAUAUAAUGACGGCCAUCAAUGUAGCGGGGCUUUUUAUCUGUCUUUGCGGUAUUUCGGGCCACGUGAUCCAUAAAAUCAAAUCAACGCCUCCAAGCAGACAAGCAGGUCGAGUGUACGAGCAGGGCAAUGACGGGCAUGAAUUGGGCGCUACUCUCAUCGAGGACUUGAAAUUGGAUGACAGUGAAGAUGAGAAAAGUGAUACGCAGGUUUUGUUUGACAUUCUCGGACGAGAAAAACGGUACAGUUUUUAAAAUGUUUCCUUUUUGCGAUUUUUAUACUUUCCAUGGAAAAGGGCACAAUUUUCAUCGCAAUAUUUAUCAGAAAAUGAGCUGAAUUUGAAGGAAACUUAUCACAACCCUCCACAGACAAGCAUUUGAUUUUUGUCUGGUUUUAAACAAAAAAAAUUAAAAGUGGCAAUAUAAAGGUUAAUUUGUUGAUAAACAAACAAAAAUAUUUGUAAUGUUCCUAAUUUACUUUUACGUUUUCGUUCCACAUUCCUUAAACACCCCCUUUGAUGGAGUUUUAAUUUAACUAAUAUUGUAAAUAUUGGAAUUUAGCAUUUAUUAUUCUUGCGUCUAGAUAUCGUAUGUUUUUGUGGUUCAUUAUCUCAAACGACUUAUUUAUUUAUGUGAUUUUUUGGCAAUGUUACAUUUGUACAUUGUUUUUGUUUUUUUUUAUUUGUUACAACAUUUAGGAUGGUUACCAAAAGACUUGGUAACUCUUCCGUUCUGUAUUAUUAUUCUUACAACGAACAAGUAAUUGCCAUAGUAGUUUGCAGCAAAACAUUAGCGUUCUUGUUCCGGUUUUAGACGCAUUUUCAACAAAUCGGUUAUUUUAUGGCUUGUUACAUGCCACACAUUUACAGUUGCUUGUAAGUACUUUACUAUAAACAACUUACGCCGUAGUACACACUACACCGUAAGCUUAGCACUUUCUUAAUACAAGUUAAGGUGUUGCCUUUUGUAUAAAUAAACCAAAGGAAAUA